ACUGUAUAUAGUCUAGUCUCAAUAAUUAAUAAAAAAGACAGAUUCAUUUAAACUGUAAAUAACUAAUUAAUGUUUUUAACAAGGUGUUCCCCCCCCCCCAAUAAUUCAGAGUAUAAGAGUGAAUUCAAUUCAAAUAAAGCCUAGUCAUAAUAACUAAAUGACCAAUAUUUUUAAAACAAGUGUCACCCCCCAAUAAUAUAUGGAUUUUAAUUAAACUAAUAGAGAUUUGUCAUAAUGACUUAACAAUGAUAUUAUACCAUAUUUCACCCCCAAAAUAUAUAUAUGAAACAGAUAAGAACCAAACAGAGUCUAGUCAUAAUGAAUUUACCUCUGUUUCUAAACUAGGUGUCAUCCAAUAAUGUAAGGAUUACAUAAAAAUCAAAAAGAGUUCAGGAUCAAUAAAUUCACCAAUAUUUCUGAAACAGGUGUCACACCUAAUGACAUUGGAUAGGAUCUCAUUCACACUAUUAAUAGGUAAUUUAGGUAAAAAUAAUCUCAAUUACAUAGUAACAUAUCCUUAUAAUUGUGAAAGAUAAACAUAAAAAUAAUGAAGAUAUUUAAUAAAAACUAGAGAAAAAAAAAUAAUAAAAAGGUAGUUUGGGUGUAGAAUGUUGGUUUAGAGAGAAUUGAAAGACAAAGACAGCCCUCACUUCUAUAUAUUUGGCUGAUCCCAUGCGUCUUUGUAAUACUCUCUUGGAAUCUCUUGGGAAGUUCUCAAUUUUCUGUCUCUUUUUUCCUUCAUUCUCCCUCUAACUCUUUCUCUUUCUCUCUCUAACUUGCAAAAACACUUAAAAAUAUUAUGUUUUCUUCUCAUUAUUGUCACUCCUACUCCACCCCUUCUCCUUCUCUUCUAUGCCUUUCUCCCACCACUCCAUCAACUCUACCACAACUCCCUAGUGUUUGGUCACUCAAGAAAAGAAACAACAAUCACCAACUUGGUUGGGCACUCAAUCUGAGAUGUAAUGCAAUCUCCAAGCCUACCACCAAAGAUUAUCGAGAACUUCUUCAAGAUGAACUUCCUUUGAUACAGAGGGAGUUUGAGAUUGUGGAGGAUGACGUUGAAGGGCUAGCUAUCGAGGUACUCACAUCAAGUGAAAUUAAGGAAAAUGUGGAAAGAAUUAGGGAAAUUUUGAAGUCUAUGAACGAUGGAGAAAUAAGCAUAUCCCCAUACGACACAGCUUGGGUAGCACUUGUAAAAAACAGCCAUGGAAGUCCUCAAUUUCCUUCGAGCCUUCAAUGGAUCAUCGAUAAUCAGCUCUCGGAUGGUUCAUGGGGUGAUGAUACCUUAUUUUCAGCUCAUGAUAGGAUAAUCAACACAUUAGCUUGCUUAAUUGCACUUAAGUCUUGGGAAGUUCAUCCUGAGAAGUGCCAAAAAGGGAUAACAUUUCUGAAGGAAAAUAUAAGCAAGCUACAAGAUGAAAAUUUUGAGCACAUGCCAAUUGGAUUCGAAGUUGCAUUUCCAUCCCUAAUUGAGGUAGCUCAAAACUAUGGAAUUGAAGUGGCUCAAGACACUCCUGCAAUGCAAGAAAUUUAUGCCAAAAGAAAUUUGAAGCUCACAAGGAUACCCAAAGAAAUCAUGCACAGAAUGCCUACCACUUUGCUCCAUAGCUUGGAAGGAAUGGCAGGGCUAGAUUGGGAUAAACUUCUUAAAUUGCAAAGCAAAGAUGGUUCCUUCUUGUUCUCCCCUUCCUCAACUGCCUAUGCUCUCAUGCAAACCAAGGAUCUUAAUUGCUUCACCUACUUAAACAACAUUGUUCGUCGCUUUAAUGGUGGAGUUCCUAACGUGUACCCAAUAGACUUGUUCGAGCAUAUUUGGGUUGUUGAUCGAUUGCAGCGGCUUGGAAUUUCUCGGUAUUUUCAACAUGAGAUUGACGAAUGCAUGAGCUAUGUUAACAGGUAUUGGACAGAGCAUGGAAUAUGCUGGGCUAGAAAUUCAAACGUCCAAGACAUUGAUGAUACAGCUAUGGGAUUUAGGCUUCUUAGAUUACAUGGAUAUCAAGUUUCUGCAGAUGUAUUCAAGAACUUUGAGAAAGAUGGAGAGUUCUUCUGUUUUGUUGGACAAUCAACUCAAGCAGUGACAGGGAUGUUCAACCUUCUUAGGGCUUCUCAAAUACAAUUUCCUGGUGAAAAUAUACUUGAGGAAGCUAAAAAUUUCUCUUCCAAAUACUUGAAAGAAAAACGAGUUUCUAAUCAACUCUUAGAUAAAUGGACUAUAACCAAGGAUCUACCUGGCGAGGUGACAUAUGCAUUAGAUAUUCCAUGGUACGCAAGUCUACCUCGCGUUGAGACAAGGCUCUACAUCGAACAGUAUGGAGGAGAAAAAGAUGUUUGGAUAGGAAAGACUCUUUACAGGAUGCCUAAUGUGAGCAACAAUGCAUACCUUGAGCUUGCAAAAUCGGACUUCAACAACACCCAAGCAUUGCAUAGGCUAGAAUGGAACAACCUCCUAAGGUGGCAUUCAGAAUAUAAUUUGAGAGAAUCUGGUGUGAGCCAAAGAAGUCUAUUAAUGGCCUAUUACUUAGCAGCAGCUACCAUGUUUGAGCCUGAAAAGUCAAAAGACCGACUUGCAUGGGCUAAGACUGCAGCCUUGAUUGAAGCCAUUGACUUUGAGUUUUCAAAGGAGAAUGCUUCAGCUGAGGAAAGAAGAGAGUUUGUCAAUGAGUUUCAACACUCUUACAUUAGUCAAGGUUAUGUAAGGCAUAAUGGAAGGAAAAUUCUAGUACAAGUUGGUACCAACAAAGGGCAAAACUUGAUGGACCCACUUCUGAGUACCCUUAACCAGCUUUCAUUGGAUGCACUUAUGAACCAUGGAAGAGACAUACGUAAUCAACUUUACCAAGCUUGGGAGAAAUGGCUAAAGACAUGGGAAGAGGAAGGCGAUAGGUAUAAAGGAGAGGCAGAACUAAUGGUUGAAACAAUAGAACUUAGUGCUGGCCGUUGGAUUUCUCACAACAAUAUGGCUUCUGAUCCACAUAUUCUUUCUCUAUUAAGCAUUACUAAUCAUUUAUGCCAUCACUUUGGCCAUCUUCGAAGCCACCAAAACUAUAUUAAUAAUAAGCAGGAGCGAGGUGCAACGAAUGGUGGUGCAACAACGAAUGGAACAAGUUGCAACUACAUGAAGACUGGGGAAGUAGAGGAAGACCUUCAAAAAUUGAUGAAAAUAAUUCUAUCAAGGUCCAUCAAUGGUGCAAUUCCAAGUCUAAAGCAAGCCUGCCUAGCUCAAGUGAAGAGUUUCUUUUAUGCUGCUCAUUGCACUCAACAAGAGAUCAAUUUUCACAUUAACAAAGUCCUAUUUGAAAAGGUUGAUUGAUUUUUCUAUCAUUGGUGUAAUUACUAUAAACAUUUAUAGUUACUUUAUUUGUCAUAUCAUACACAAAAAGAAGAAAAGGGAUCAUUAUUAGGUCAUUGAAUAUGGUUUAAUUAAGUCAACUAUUGCAAGAGGCCAAGUUUUAUACAAGUUAAUUAUUUCACCAAGUAUUGAGAUUUUUUUUUUUUGACAUACGUCUGUCAGAUUUAUGUUAUAUUUAUGAAGUAAGGGGAAAAAAACGUUAGGAAACCUUCUUCACAAGGAUCAAUUCUAAUAUAAUUUAGACAGGUACUAAGCUAGCGGAACCUUUAUUAUGGCUUAUUUAAUAAAAUAAUACUAGUUCUAAAUUACUUUCGACCGCUUUGCCAAAACUCCGU